UCCUCUCAUAGGAAAAACCGUGUCUUCCACCUUCUAGAUUUUCUCACCAACGCUUCCUCUCUCUCCCUAGCAAUAAUCGUUAACCGACCUUCCACAUUGUGAACUCUUAACACUCCAAGGUUCAUCCCAACCUCAACAACUACAUAUACACUCUAGCACACAACACAACACACAGAAAAAUCUUCUUAUAUUGUGAUUCUUCCCCUGUUUUCCUCUGUUCUCACCUGCAUAUUCAGAUAAACCAAGCACCAUGAACUUUUCACUCAAGCUCACAUCACCCUCCCUCACAUGCUCAAGCACAAAGCUUCCAGUUCACAGGCCUCAACUUUCUACAUUCCCCACUGUUCACAAUGUUGACCACAACAGGGGUCACAAUUCUCUGCUGAAACCUCUCUACCUUUCAACCACCGAGAACUUGGUGGCACAACCCAGAAGAAGAAACGUGACAGAGUGUAGAGCCUAUGAGGCAGACAGGUCAAGGCCACUGGAGAUUAACAUUGAUUUGCCUGCACAAGAGGCGGCUCAGAAGCUGAAAAUUGGGUUGUAUUUUGCUACCUGGUGGGCUUUGAAUGUGGUUUUCAACAUUUACAACAAGAAGGUCUUGAAUGCUUUUCCUUAUCCGUGGCUCACUUCAACCUUGUCCCUUGCUGCUGGCUCUCUCAUGAUGUUGAUUUCAUGGGCCACUAGAGUUGCUGAGGCCCCAAAAGUUAAUUUGGACUUCUGGAAGGCCCUGUUUCCGGUUGCGGUGGCACACACAAUUGGGCAUGUUGCAGCAACAGUGAGCAUGUCCAAAGUUGCAGUUUCAUUCACUCACAUCAUCAAGAGUGGAGAGCCUGCUUUCAGUGUCCUUGUAUCAAGGUUCUUGCUUGGAGAAGCAUUCCCUACUUCAGUUUACCUCUCACUGCUGCCAAUUAUUGGUGGUUGUGCACUGGCUGCUGUGACAGAGCUCAAUUUCAAUAUGAUCGGUUUCAUGGGAGCUAUGAUAUCAAAUUUGGCAUUUGUCUUCAGGAACAUAUUCUCAAAGAAAGGGAUGAAGGGGAUGUCUGUUAGUGGAAUGAACUACUAUGCGUGUCUUUCUAUUAUGUCUCUGUUAAUUCUCACUCCUUUUGCCAUUGCUGUGGAGGGUCCCAAGCUAUGGGCUGCAGGCUGGCAAACUGCUGUGUCUCAGAUUGGUCCCAAUUUUGUAUGGUGGGUGGUUGCUCAGAGUGUGUUCUACCACUUGUACAAUCAAGUCUCAUACAUGUCCCUUGAUCAGAUUUCUCCCUUAACAUUUAGCAUAGGGAACACAAUGAAGAGAAUCUCUGUUAUUGUCUCUUCCAUCAUUAUCUUUCACACCCCAGUUCAGCCCAUCAAUGCUCUCGGAGCCGCCAUAGCCAUUCUUGGCACCUUCAUCUAUUCACAGGCUAAACAGUAAGGUUGGGAUUUAGAUGCUGUUAUGUAACACAAGGGAACAAUGACUUUUGCUGGAGCUCACUCAAAGUGUCAAUGAUGAGGACUAGGGCGUUAAUCAGCGAUUAUAAUUUGUUGUUAAUAGGAUUGUAGCUGCUUUCUCUAGGACCACAGUAAUAGUAUUUGUAUCACGUUUUGAUAUGUGUAAUGUAAAUGAGCUUUCCGUGUCUUUUUCUGUAAGAUGAGCUUUAGAGAAAUGAAAUGCACUAAAUAAGAACAAUGUGUCACCACAA